CUUGACUCCGCCCUUCCCUGGCUUUGCCACGUUGAUGGAGACGUGGAAGCCGCUGGACUGCAGUCGCUAAGAGAUCUACCGGCAGCUACAAUAGCAAGUUUAGCUGGCGUUCGGCGCGACUACAGUAGCGGGUGAUUAUCCUGUCUCAUAACUUAAGAAUUCCACCGGUCUGGCUCCGUAUCCAAACCCAGUAUGAAACUUAAAGAAAUUAACAGAACGGCCAUACAGGCCUGGAGCCCUGCCCAGCAGUAUCCCGUCUUCUUGGCAGCUGGUACUUCAGCUCAGCAGCUUGAUGCUACUUUUAGUACAAACGCUUCCCUGGAGAUUUUUGAGCUUGAUCUUGCUGACACAACAUUGGAUAUGAAAUCUUCUGGUGCUUUUACGUCUGAGCAUAGGUAUCACAAACUUGUUUGGGGACCACAUGGGAUAGACUCUGAAGGACUGCCUUCUGGGAUACUAAUUGCAGGUGGUGAAAAUGGAAACCUUGUCCUUUAUGACCCAGCAAAAAUUAUAGGUGGUGAUAGUGAUGUGACCAUUGCUCAGAAUAACAAACACACUGGUCCUGUAAGAGCUUUGGACAUCAAUCCUUUCCAACCAAACCUUGUUGUAUCUGGAGCCAAUGAGUCUGAAAUCUAUAUUUGGGACCUAAACAAUUUUGGUACUCCAAUGACACCUGGAGCAAAAUCUCAGCCUUUUGAAGAUAUCAGCAGUGUGGCUUGGAACAAACAAGUUCAGCACAUCUUGGCUUCAGCCAGCCCCAGUGGACGUGCAUCAGUGUGGGAUCUUCGAAAAAAUGAACUGAUUAUUAAAGUCAGCGACCACAGUAAUAGAAUGCAUUGUUCAGGACUUGCUUGGAACCCUGAAGUUGCUACCCAGUUAAUUUUAGCUUCAGAAGAUGACCGAAUGCCAGUGAUUCAAAUGUGGGAUUUGAGGUUCGCUACAUCCCCGCUGAAGGUUCUAGAAAGUCAUACAAGAGGAAUCCUUGCAAUUGCUUGGAGCCUUGCAGACCCAGAAUUGCUGUUGAGUUGUGGGAAAGACAACCGAAUUUUAUGUUGGAAUCCAAACACCGGAGAGGUUUUAUAUGAGUUGCCUACCAGUACUCAAUGGUGCUUUGAUAUACAAUGGUGUCCAAGAAAUCCAGCUGUCCUUUCUGCUGCUGCCUUUGAUGGAAGUAUCAGUAUUUACUCUAUCAUGGGAGGUACUGUGGAUGGCCAAAGGCAGAAACACACAGAUCAGUUAACCUCAUCCUUUGGCAAUCUGGAUCCAUUUGGUACUGGGCAGACUCUUCCUCCAUUGCAGAUCCCUCAGCACACUGUUCAGCAAAAUCCUGUCCUACCUCUGAAAAAACCACCAAAGUGGAUUCGAAGACCUGUUGGAGCCUCCUUUGCCUUUGGAGGCAAGCUCGUGACAUUUGAAAAUAUAAAGACGCCUUCACAACAGCCAUCAGCUCCACGUCUUGUCCAUGUGAGUCAGGUUGUCACAGAAACUGAGUUUUUGGACCGUUCAAAUCAACUUCAGACUACAGUACAAUCUGGAAGCUUUGCUGAAUUUUGUCAGUUUAAAAUAGAUGCAUCUCCGACAGAACUGGAGAAAAAUGUGUGGUCCUUUUUAAAGAUCAACUUUGAGCGGGAUCCACGUAGCAGAUACUUGGAGCUGUUGGGUUAUAAGAAAGAAAAGCUUGCAGAAAAAAUUGCUACUGCACUACAGAAGAACAGUAUUUCACCUGGAGGAAGAGAAGAGCUAAUUUGUGAACCUGAGCAGGAAGUUGAAACUGCUGAAUGUGAAGCAGUGAAAGAACAGAUUCUAGAAGAGGUAGACCAACCAGAUGAUGGGAUAGGAGAAAAAACUGAAAAAAUAAAGGAGACAUUUAAUAUUUCUGUCAGUGGAGAUGUCGAUGGCCUUAUAACUCAAGCCCUUCUCACUGGUGACUUUGAGGGUGCUGUAGAUCUUUGCUUACAUGAUAAUCGCAUGGCAGAUGCUAUCAUACUAGCAAUUGCCGGAGGACAGGAGCUUCUUUUGAAGACUCAGAAAAAAUACUUUGCCAAAACACAAAGCAAGAUUACGAAGCUCAUUACGGCUGUAGUAACAAAAGAUUGGAAGGAGAUCGCUCAAUCUUGUGACCUCAAUAACUGGCGAGAGGCUCUUGCUGCUGUGCUGACUUAUGCACACCCUGAUGAAUUUGCUGGUCUUUGUGAUCUUCUUGGUACUAGACUAGAGACUUCUGGAGAUCCCGCCCUUCAAGCUCAAGCUUGUCUAUGCUACAUCUGUGCCGGUAAUGUUGAGAAGCUUAUAGCAUGUUGGACAAAGACACAAGAUGGAAGCUCUCCACUCUGUCUUCAGGACUUAAUUGAGAAAGUCACAGUACUUCGCAAAGCAGUGGAGAUGACACAAGGUGUUAACACCAAUAAUGUAGGAGUACUUCUUGCUGAGAAGAUGAGUCAAUAUGCUAAUCUACUUGCUUCACAAGGAAGUCUGAAUACUGCUAUGGCUUAUCUUCCUUGUAACACUAAUCAGGGAAAUAUCAUGCUGCUUCGUGAUCGACUGCAUAGAGCACUUGGUGAACAGGCUAUAGGGCAACCAACUCAUGCUUUUCCAUAUGAGAAGCAACAUUCUACAAGACAACCAACAUCUGCUAAGCAGAUAUGCACUCCUGUGCCACAGAACCAACCACAGGCUGUGCCACAGCAGUACUACCCACAGGUUAGACCUGCCCCUACUGUUACCUCAUGGAGUAACCAAACUCCCACUGCCCUUCCAGGUUUUCCACCUGCAGCUUCCUCUUCCUUCUCUUCCUCCUCAGAUACUCAGGGUGAACCACCUCUUCCAGGUUUUGUCAGGAACCACAGCUCAACUCCAGCUUACUCAUAUUCAUCCAACAUUCCUCACCAGUCGUAUCCUCAACCCUAUUUUCAGGCACAACAGUAUCCUCAUGGAGCUGGGGGACCAACAGUCUAUCAACCACAACACACUGUACCUCCACCUCCAUCUCCAUCUUCUACACCCUACUCAACUCACUACAUGCAUUCUGUACCUUCUCAAACUGUUUCUGCAUCAUCGACUAAUCCUUCAUAUCCAGGACAACCCCCAGUCUCUGGGACAACAGUUGUCUCUGCAGCUUCCCCUUUCUCCUCUUCUCUUAGUUUGUCUGGAGCCUCCUUCCAGCAUGGCGGACCUGGAGCUCCAAUGUCUUCUUGUCCACCACCACCUUCAGGAGAUUUAAACAUUCAGGACAUCCUGUUCUACCUAGAAGGACCACAAAAUGGAUGGAAUGAUCCACCAAGUCUCAGCAGAGGGACAAAGAAGAAGAAGAUACUUCCAGAAGACUACACUCCUCCUGCUCCAAUUACUGCUCCUAUAAUGAAUCCACUAGUUCCUGAUCAAUCCCAACAGUUGGCCCACCCUCCUGUAUUCCAGCCACAGCAGUCCCCAGCUGGACCACCUUUGUCACAGCCUGCUUUUCAGAUGAUGCAACAACCUUUAUCGCAGCCUAGUGUGGUUACUCCAACGCGAAAGCUUAGCACAGAGGGACCCCCAGGAGCACCAAUAGGUGACGUCAUACAGCCACCUCAGUAUAUGCCUGCUGAAAAAGUUGCCAAGAACCCUAUUCCUGAAGAACACCUCAUAUUGAAGAUCACGUUUGAAGGCUUAAUAAAUAGGUGUUUGAGUGCUGCAGUUGAUCCGCAAACUAAAAGGAAGUUGGAUGAUGCUAACAAACGCCUAGAAUCUCUUUAUGAUAAAUUGUGCGAAAAAAAUCUAUCAGCAGCGAUUAUUACAGGAUUACACAGCAUUGCCAGAAGUAUUGAAAAUCGCAACUACCUAGAAGGUUUGGCUAUCCACACUCACAUAGUCAGUAACAGUAACUUCAGUGAAACGUCAGCUUUCAUGCCAGUUCUCAAGGUAGUUCUAACACAAGCCAACAAGUUGGGAGUGUAGGUGAUCUUCUAAAGCUUGCAGAUGUCUUACUGCCAAAGCCCAUGUAAUAAAACUUGAGUUAUGGUUUA